UCUCCUUGUUCCUGUUGUUGUUGCGGUGGUUACACAAGAGAGAGAGAGAGAGAGAGAGAGAGAGAUAAAAAGUGAGAUUCUUUUCCAGGGAUGGUGGUAGUUUCCAUGGUGCUUUUCCUGGAGAUUUUUAAGGUCAAAUGUCAUGGUAGUAGAUGUUACUAGGGACCACUGUGUGUGUACAUUGGAGUUUAGAGUUUUAGUUCAGUAGUGUUGAAACCAAAUACAAAUAAACUAGGUGGGUGGUGGUGGUGGUGGUGGUGGCUCAUAUAUAUCCCUGUUCCAGCAAAACUAACCCCACUAAGUACAACAACAUGGAAUGAUAAUAGCAUUUAUUUCCUUUUUCUUUCCUUAUGCCUGCCAUCCACCUUCCUCUCUCUCUUCCUCCUCUUCCUCUUUCUCCUCUCUCUCUCAUAUAUAUAUAUAUACCCUACUCUCUUUUCUUUCCUCCUAUAACCUCCCAUUAAUUUGGGUUCCUCAUCUCCUUCAUCAUCAUCAUCAUCAACAAUAACAACAACUACUGCUUCUUUCCUUUGUGACCUUAGAGAAACAUCAUGAGCAUCUCUGUUAAUGGCCAGUCCCGGGUGCCACCGGGUUUCCGGUUCCACCCAACUGAAGAAGAGCUUCUCAACUAUUAUCUCACCAAGAAGGUUGCAUGUGAGAAGAUAGACUUGGAUGUUAUUCGUGAUGUUGAUCUUAAUAAACUUGAACCUUGGGACAUUCAAGAGAAGUGUAGGAUUGGGUCAACUCCACAGAAUGACUGGUACUUCUUCAGUCACAAGGACAAGAAAUACCCCACCGGAACAAGGACAAACAGAGCCACCGCCGCCGGAUUCUGGAAGGCCACCGGCCGUGAUAAGGUCAUACACACUAGCUACAAACGUAUUGGCAUGAGAAAGACACUUGUUUUCUAUAAAGGCCGAGCUCCUCACGGCCAAAAGUCUGAUUGGAUCAUGCAUGAAUACCGUCUUGAUGAUCACUGUUCAGAUAACAAUAGCUCCAACGUGUCAUCAUGCACCAUGGGAGGAGAAACAGGAGGACAGGAAGAUGGAUGGGUUGUUUGUAAGGUAUUCAAAAAGAAGAACCAUCACAAGGUCUUGGAUAGUCCAAACACCUCAUCAUCCAUUAAUAUCAAUGAGGCCAAGACACAAGUAUUGCAUUCUAGCAAUGAUGGUUCUUUAGACCAGAUACUCCAAUACAUGGGAAGGUCAUGCAAGCAAGAGAAUGAAGUCUUCAACAUUAACACUCCCACCACCAACAUCAACAGCAACAGUAACAAUAAUGCAUGGAAAUAUCUACUUCCUAUUGAUGCUGCUAUAGGAUCAAGUCUACAUGAAAGGUUCAUGAAGUUGCCGGCUUUAGAAAGUCCGAUGAGCAACGAAUACCCUCCGGCACACCCCGAUAACUCUUCCGGCAGCCAGACAAGUUAUACACCGGACGGUUUACAUGCCGUAGUGAAUAUGUGCUCAACUGACAUGUCGACAGAGGCAGGGCUCGGUGAUUGGGCUGCACUUGAUCGGCUUGUGGCUUCUCAUCUAAACGGUAGUGAAUCGGAGGCGUCAAAGCAUGAUCUUUCUUGCUUCGAUGACACCGGUUAUGAUUAUCAGUCCGGUGGAGAUGGUGAUCUUUGGAGCUUUAGACAUGCUUCUCAUUGAUCCAUAUAUACAUAGCCAGCUAGAGUAUAGUACUAGACUUGAAUGAAUGAAUGGAUGUAUGAAUGAAUGAAUGUAGUUAUAUGAGAACGGUAAUGUUGUUAAUGUUGAUGAUGAUUAAUUAUUAGUGUAUAAGAACAUGGAGAA